AUGUACAUGAUAAACUCAAAUAUACACGAAAUCCAAGUUAAUUUACCUGACAUUGAAUUAAGGUCACCGUUCCUACCUGUUAUCACAGUUGAAGAGCUUUGUGAACUCAAAAAAUAUCCUCCUUAUGACAACGAGCCAGCAAGUAAACUGUGGAAAAAAGAACCAGAAUGUGUAAAAAUUGCCUAUAGGAAGUUGGCUAAAGCUGUAAAAUUCGUACACAAAAAGAAUUUUCCGUUUGUUUUCUUGCAAUAUAAGAUUAAAGAACAUUAUGUGACUGUUAAUUCUGAUCAGCCAAUUAAUGAUAACCAAGCAUCUAAUAUCCUUAAUAAGGUUGAAGUUGAUAAUACGUAUGGAUUUUACUCUUAA